ACCAGACGUUUCUUUACUUUGUGUCCUCAGAGACAGAGCCUGACGCUUUUAUUCUUUUCUGUGUGCAGGAUUUUAUUUUCCUUCCAGCUGUGAAACUCUCACGUGUGACUCUGGGAUGUUUCAUCGUCUCCUCCUGGUUUCAGCUCUGCUCCCUUGUUGUGCAGGUUCAGGUGAAUCUUCAGUGCAUGGUCCACCAGAGGGAGCCGAUGGUCCAGAGAAGGUCUGGGCCUUUGCUGGCGGAGACGUGGUGCUGCCGUGUACUUUCAACCUCACAGACGGGGGAGACUUUCCGACGGUGGAGUGGUCCAACGAACUCCUGCAGCCAAACGUCGUCUUCCUGUACCGCGAUGGCUGCGAGACUCACGAGAUGAAGAAUCCAGACUUUGAGUACAGGACGAGCUUCAUCUGGAAAGAACUGAAAAACGGAAACAUCUCAUUAAGGAUCUCCAACCUGAAGCUGUCUGAUGCUGGGCAGUACCGGUGCAAGAGGCUUUGGAAGAACGGCCGUCGAGACAGCACCACAGUGCAGCUUUUUGUGUUCUCUGAGCCCAAACACUCGGAGGUUUUCAACGGAGCUGCAGGAGCGACUCUGCAGUGUGAGGUCAGCUACUGGCAGCUGGAGCCUGAAAUCAUCUUUCUGGACCAUCAGGGAAACGAGAUCCUCGCUGAAGACCCAAGAAGAGACGAUGACACCAGAGGAUUUUUCACCGUGAGACGAAGAGCGACGCUCCAAACUGCAAACAGCAGUGUCACCUGCAGAGUCCAGCUGCUGCAGCUCCACAUGUACAAGGACAAAAACAUCCUCACACCAG